AUGUCAUCUAGACGAAAUAAGCGACCUUAUAAAGGUUUGAUUCUAAAGCCAAAACCGUUGAAACCAGGAUCCGUAUUUGCAACAGGAACAGGAACAAGAACAGGUUUAGGAACAGUAUCAGUUUCGGCUUCCCCAUUGGCUCUGACAUCCACAACAGCCACAACUAUAAUCAGCUUUCAAAAUGGUCAAACUUAUAACGUGCCAAAUUCAGGAAAUGUAUCACCUUCAACUUCAUCAACUUCUACAAAUUCUUUAGUAACGAAACAACAUAUCAAGAAAAGCCUACAGAACGAUUUCAAAUUAAAAUCUACUGCCAAUACCAAUAAUAAUGAUACUGAUAACAAUAUACCUUCUCAUAACGGUAGCAAUGGUUUUGGUGUAGUGGGGGACUUAUAUGAUAUAUCUGAUCCUAAUAAUUUUAAUGAAUUUGAAUUCUUAUAUUCAAUUUAUGUCCCUAAUAAAUAUUUGAUCAAAAAUAAUAAAAAGUCAAUUAAACAUUUACUAAUUCAUUUACCCAAACUAUACCAUGAUUCUGCUACCAAUAGCUCUGGAUCCACUACUAGCACCACUACCAAUACUAAUCAAACAACUAAUCUUAAUUUGUCAAUUCACUUAUUCCUAAGUACAAUCAUGGUCAAAUUUGUUAAUUCUUGGUAUUUAACGAAAUUAAACACGACAAAUCUACUGUUCUUAAAACUAGUAUAUCAAUUAAUGGUUGAUUUCAUUAGAGACAUUAUAUCAAGAAUAGAAUCGGUAGAUAUUAUGUUGAUGAUUGAUCAGUUAGGUGAUAUUUUGAACACUCAUUUGAAACAGACAGUUUCCAACAAAUACUCCGGCAAUAACCAAUAUCCAUAUAAAUUUCUUGAGGAUUAUUAUUUUAUUCAACAACCAACUUCAAAUACUUUUGACUUUGAUAAACUGUCAUUACAAGUGGUCAAUGAUCAUUUGAAGUCAAAUCAUAUAAUUUUUGAAAACUUUAAUUCUUCCAAAGAUCAGAACACUAAUAAUGAGAUGUUGUACUAUAGAUUACUUGUCAAGAAUGUGUUACUGGCAUCAUUCAAAGACAAUGCAUUGAGUCCAUCUACAUCGAAAAUAACGAGUGAUUUAAUAAUUCAUAUUUUAAGUGAUAUCGUGAUUGUCAAAUUAAUUGAAAAGUUGUCGUCACUGGAUUUUAUUUUUGACAAGUUGAAUGAAUUAUUAGAUAGUUUGUUAUCGCUAUCAUCGUCUUCGUCCUCCUCCUCCUCCUCAAAUUCAAUCGAGCCUAAUUCCAAAGUUAAAUUGGAAUCCACAUUUUACCUGUCAUGGACUCAGAAAUUGCAAAAAUCAAUUUCACAAAUAUAUUCUGGAUUUACUAGUUUUAUUGUCCUUUCAUCUAAUAGUAAGAAAUCACAAUUGAAAGGUAAUGAAAAUGGUGACUCUGUAUCUGGUACGAACUCACAAGGAAAUGGAACCAGUGGAGUUUUAAAUUGGUCAUUAUUUUCACUAUUAAACAUAAUAUUCAAUGUACAACAUCGGAAACCAUUCGUUUACAAUUUGAUGAUUUCAAUUAAAACAUUAUUACUUCAAAUGAAUAAUAGAAUUGUGAGUUCAAUAGAUAGAAUAACUGGAGAAUUUAUUAAGACCAAAAUUAAGCAAUCUAUAACUCAAGAUAAAGUAGCUAGAAUUAUCAAUGACUUGAGAAUAAACUUAUUUUAUCCGUCACUGGAUAAUCAAGAAUCAAAAACUGUCAACCAAGAAAACCAAAUUUCAAUUGAUAUUUUAGCUGAGAAGAUUAUAAAAGUUUACAAAACAUAUUUUGCUAAAUAUCUCGACUUAUCAUACAAAGGGGAAACUGAUCAAGAUUUGAAAGAUUCAAUUAAGCUGGUUUUGAUUAUCUUUCAACAGCAACAAGAACACAAAGAAGAAAAAGAAAGUGACCCACAUCAGUAUUUGGACAAUAGGGUGAAUAAAUUGCUUAUUGUAAAGUUAUUAGAUUGUGUUAUUGGAAAUUUAUAUACCGAUAUAUAG